UUCCGCGUCCUCUUCUCCACCUUCAAACUGCUCGCCUUCACCCACCUCUUCCUCGAGCACGUCCUAUCCAUGGCUCCGGCCUCCGGCCCCUCCAUGCUCCCCACCUUCGAAGUGGUAGGCGAAUGGCUGGUUGUCUCGCGGUUCCAUAAAUAUGGGAAUGGAGUGAAUGUGGGCGAUCUGGUGGUUUACCAGAUCCCGAUUAGUACGAGUGGGGAGUUGGGGGUGAAGAGGAUCAUGGGGAUGCCGGGGGAUUAUGUGUUGGUUGAUACGCCGGUCCCAGGGGGAGGGACGGUACCGGAAGGUCAUUGUUGGGUGGUGGGCGAUAACUUGACGGCUUCGCGCGAUUCGAGGACGUUUGGCCCUGUGCCGCUGGCCUUGAUCAGGGGCAAGGUGUUUGCCAAGAUUCAGUCGAACUGGCUCCCUAAGCUGAUUAGAAAC